AUGGAUUUCAAAACAGCCGUUUUCAACGCUGCACGGGAUGGAAGUCUUACACGAUUAAGAGUAUACCUGCACAGUUGGCGCUCCGCGAGCGAGCUGAACAUGUUGGUGGGUGCGAAGGUCGGCGGCGCGACGCCGCUCGUCAUCGCCUGCAGGAACGGACACUACGACGUCGCCGAGUACCUCAUCGAGAGGUGUAAGGCCGAUAUCGAACAGCCCGGUUCAGUGACAUUCGACGGCGAGACGAUAGAGGGCGCGCCUCCGCUGUGGUGCGCAGCGGCGGCGGGCCACAUGCCCCUGGUGCGGCUGCUGGUACGCGCCGGCGCCAACGUGAACUCCACCACGCGUACGCACAGCACGCCACUGCGAGCCGCCUGCUUCGAUGGCCAUUAUGAUAUAGUCAAGUUCCUAGUGGAGAACGGUGCCGACAUAGAGAUAGCGAAUCGUCACGGCCACACAUGCCUUAUGAUCGCCUGCUACAAGGGUCACAUCAGAAUCGCCAAGUACCUCCUAUCACUCAACGCGGACGUGAACAGGAAGAGCGUAAAAGGCAAUACAGCUCUACACGAUUGCGCAGAGAGCGGUUCCCUACAUAUAUUGAAGAUGUUGUUGGGUCACGGCGCUACAAUGGACGUUGAUUCUUAUGGCAUGACGCCACUGCUGGCCGCCUCGGUGACGGGGCACACGCACAUCGUGGAGCACCUGAUCACGGCGGAGCACGGGCUGGUGAGCCGGCAGCAGCGCAUCGACGCGCUCGAGCUGCUCGGCGCCACGUACGUCGACAAGCGCCGUGACAUGGUCGGCGCGCUCGCGCUCUGGAAGCGCGCCAUGGACGACAGAUUCCCAGCCGAUGGCACCGAACCUAUUCCAAAGCCCAAGGACAUACCUCGCAUAGAAGCCUACGACUACGCCGUGGAGCCCGGUAACGCGCAGCAGCUGGAGGAAAUACUCGCCGACCCGGACGCCAUGAGGAUGCAGGCGCUGGUUAUAAGAGAGAGAAUUCUAGGGCCGGCGCACCCGGACACGUCGUACUACGUGCGGUACCGCGGCGCGGUGUACGCGGACGCGGGCCGCUUCCAGCGCUGCCGCCAGUUGUGGCACCACGCGCUCGACAUGCAGCGCGCCGUGCUGCCGCCGCUCUCGCCGCUCACACAGUCCAGCCUCUACAGCUUCGCCGAGCUCUUCUCCUACAUGCUGGCCGAGCGCGCGCGCCCGCCGCUGCGAGGUCGAAUUGUGCCACCAGUCACUUUCGAAGACAUAGAUCCUGUAUUCAGUAAAGCUCUCUCGGAGAUCGACAGAGGAAUGGAGCUGUUAGAAUCCAAACUGAGCAUAGACAGAGAACAGACGCUGACGACGUUGCAGAGGGUGUUAGUGAUCUCGCUGCAUCUAGCCGCGUUGAUGGCCAGGCUGCUGGAGGAACCCGAGUGCACGGAUGAAGUGUCCAGGAAGAUACAUAAGGCUGUCUACUCGCUCGUUAAGUUAGAUAUUAGGGUGCGUCAGGGGCGGUCCGCGCUGCACAUCGCGUGCUCGGCGGAGGGCGCUCGCGCGCGCGGCGGCUCGGGCGCGUGGCUGCCAGCGCCCGGCGACGCGCAGCCUUGCUGCGGCGCGCUCGUCGCGCUCAUGCUGCGCCUGGGCGCCGCGCCCGACGCGCGCGACGCGGACGGCAACACGCCGCUGCACCUCGCCUGCAAGCUAAACCCCUGUCCGUCGGAUGUUGUGCGCGCCUUACUCACUCACGGCGCUCACAUCGACACAGUCAACUACGAAGGCGAAACGCCCGAAGAGAUCCUGAAAUCUACCCAGCAGAGUCUCACCGCCAUAGUAAACCCACUUAAGUACACCACGCUCAAGUGCCUCGCCGCACGCACUGUUAAAAACUACAGGCUACCAUAUAGACACGUUGUUCCACAAUGCUUGCACUCCACUAUUAUAACACACUGA